AUUUAAUUGUUGUGUGAAUAUAUCUACAGACAGGAAACACCCCUACAACGCUCAAUACCGAGUUUAAUUCAAUUAAUUUCUGCUGCGAGAUCCUAAAUAGCUGGUAAGAAAUUAGAUGAAUUCUGUGACACCGCGUAUACGAACACAUUCCCUGUAUCCAAAAAAGGAGCAUUUACAUCACCGUUUAACAAUAAUAAAGAAUAAACAGCAGAGAGCAGGAGUGCUUGGAAUCAUAGGCCUACGCAAGUGAACCAACACUUGUUGAUGAAAACAUACAGUAGUCCAACUGCGGAAGCCGUCGACUAAGCAUUUCAAUUCGCCAACUCGUUCAAGUCUGCAGGAAAAAAAUGUUAAAUGUGCAUCUUAAAGUGCUUAAAUGACAAGUGUCUUCACAUGUGCGACAACAAAUGUGUUAAAUUCUGAAGAAAUUGGAUUAUAAAAAAUAAUACCUAUAUCUUAAGGUUCACCAUGUAUUCGAAGAUAAACAAUGGCGAUAAAUCUACCAUAUUUACAAGAACUAACAGUAUUUGUCCCGCUCCCGAAGAGGUUCUUCUAGAUCGUGUUUUAAUAAAUGAAACAGAUCAAUUGGAGACAUUAGUCAAUGAGAAACUUUUAAAAUAUCUUUAUCCUGACCACAAUAAACCCAUCUUGUUGAUAGCGUGUACGAAGAAGGAAGUGGAGGCAAAGACAGUCAAGUUGCUAAUAGACUUAGGAGCGGAUGUACGGUAUCAAGACGAAAAUAAAUGGGAGGUGCUUCAUUACGCCGCUGAACGAGCUGACUAUUUUGUGUUAAAAGUUAUUAUAGACAAACUAAAGGAGAGAAAGUUCCAUUUAAAUGAAGUUUUAGCACAAGGUAGUAAUGCUUUACAUAUACUUAUUAGACAUGGUAAUAAAAAUUCCAAAGACUUUGUUAAAUGUGCUAAACUUUUAAUAGACGAAGGUAUAAAUGUUAAUUUGGCAGAUAAUAAAAUGAUGACUCCUAUCCUGUGGGCAGCUAAAAAAGACUUAAACGAUAUUGUAAAAGUAAUUCUAGAUUAUAGUCGUGUUUCAGUUGAUAUUGAUUCCCAUAACUCUCGAGGUCGAACUGCUAGAGAUUUGAUAAUCGCUGGAAACUUGUACGAUGGAUCGUUACCAGAUAAAGGGGAUAAUAAUAACUUAAACGGAAUUCCACUUAAAGAAAUUAGUCCUAAAGGAGCAGAUUCCUUAUUUGAACUUAUAAGACUAAAUCAAGAAAAUGAUUUUCUAAAUUGUGACAAUGAAAUGAUUGGCGAUUUAGUUAACAGUGAAAACGGGAAUCUGACUCUUUUACAGUUGGCGUGUAAAGUAGGUAAUAAACGGAUAGUGAAGCAUUUACUCGAGAAAGGUGCAGACAAAAACAAAACCACAAGUGGUAAAAAAGAGACACCUUUAGAAAUUACAGCUGAACAUGGUUUCCACGAGAUAUUUGAAAUUCUAAUUAACAAAUAUGAGAACGACGACCAAAUUCCACAAUCUGUUUUACCAAUAUUAUUAAAAAAUUACGACAGUCCAAAGUUCCCAGAAAUUAACUGGAAGUUGUGCUGUGAUCACUUUCUUCAAAAGAUAAAAUAUAACAGAAACCUUUAUGACAUAAAUGGAACGGAUGAUGCUGGAAAUACUCCAUUACAUUACGCUAUACGAUAUGGCGACACAGUUAUUAUUAAUAAACUUUUAGAUGUAGGAGCUUCCUUAGGUUCCAAAAAUAACUUCGGUUUUAUGCCUGUUCAAGACUUGGAACCUGAAUUGUUAGAAGCUCAUUUAGAUAACUGCGUCCAGUUUGAUCUCAAAGGUAAAAAGGAGAAAGAAGACUUCACUAUAACCCUUAAUUAUCGCACGUUAGUCCCCCCUGCCAAAGAAAUUCUUACUCCUGAUGCCGAGGUUGGUAGAAACUCUGGUAAUAAAGAGCUUGUUCAUGAAACCGAAGUUAUAUCAUAUAUGAGUACAGCCCCAGAAUUCAAGCAUUUGCUUAAACACCCUGUGAUAGUGAGUUUCUUGUAUAUGAAAUGGCAUAGAACACGGUGGCUGUUUUUUACGAAUCUUGCUUUUUAUGUAGCUUUUUGUGCAUCUUUGGUUAUUUAUAUAUUUUCCUACUAUGCCAAUUUUGUUGACGAACUUUCAUCAUUCCAAACCUUCCUCAAGCACUUUUCGUGGAUCAUAUUAUUAAUAACAUUUUUCGUUUUAAUGUUUAGAGAACUCUUUCAGAUCUUUGUACUACCUAAGAAGUAUUUUACAAAUUUCGAAAAUUAUAUGGAAAUUAUUUUGAUUAUUUUAGCUGGUUCGAUUCUCUUUAUUGAUUCUCCCAGCAUUAACACCCGAAAACAAUUGUCGUCUUUAUCAAUACUUUUAGCAGCUUUUGAAUUAAUACUCAUGAUAGGGCAGCACCCAAAGUUAUCUACAAACGUUGUAAUGUUGCGAACAGUGUCAUACAAUUUCUUCAAGUUCCUCCUUUGGUAUUCCUUACUUCUAAUAGCAUUUGCGCUUAGUUUUUAUAUUCUUUUCACUGAAGGAGUCAAACAGCCAUCUGCAAAUAAUACAGAAGGAGGCGAUGAUGAUUCCUUUGCAGAUCCAGGAAAAUCGGUCUUUAAAACAAUAGUGAUGUUAACUGGGGAGUUUGAAGCUAGUGAUAUGAAUUUUGAAACAUUUCCCAUUGUUAGUAAAUUAAUAUUUGUUAUGUUUAUUUUUAUGAUUGCCAUUAUAUUGCUCAAUCUCCUCAAUGGUCUUGCUGUAAGCGAUACACAAAUGAUUAAAAAUGAUGCUGAGCUAUUAGGACAUAUAUAUCGAGCCCAGCAUAUUAGAUAUGUUGAAGUAAUGCUUUUGGGUAAUAUUGUACCUAAAAAUAUGUUUAACAAAUUUAACGACUUUUGUUGUUGCUUUUCUUUCGGUCAAAAUCUGCAAUACAGUAUAUUUAAGCCUCUGGCCCAAUAUAUCUGCCUGUUUCCUCAUUUCCUUAAUUACGAAAUGACCGUCUAUCCUAAUAAAUCCGGCAGAAUUUAUAAACCGAUAGGAAAAAAUCAGGCGUGUUCCACUUGGUGCAAUACUACUAACUUGGACAAAGAAACUGUGCGAAGAAUUAAUGAAUUAGUACAAGCUAAGAAAGAACAGAUGAAAAUUAAUCCAGAUGCAGAUAAACUUGAACAGGAAAUUUUUAUGAUUAAGAAUAAAUUGGAGGAUCUAUUAAGAAAUUUUAACAGUAUUGUAAGAAGCCAGAAAGAAACAGAGUAAUAAAAUUAGGAAUAAAUAUUAUUAUCAAUAGCUAUGGAACAUAUUUCAAUGUUUAAACUCAGAUCAAAUGGCUUCAAUUACCAUUUUUAAACUAAAUACAUGUUUUAAGGAUGCAUUAAAAUAUUAAAUCUUUCAUUUUUUCAUAUCUAUGAAAUUUUGGCAGUUUUUUAUAGAUAAUAUAGAUUGAGGUGUGUUUCGUUUUUGUUUUAGUUUCACUUAACUUAUCAAAAGUCUCUCCUUCUUUUUGACUUUACAUAACACACACACCAUAGUAAUUUUUGACCUGAAUGAGACUUGCAUAUCCGUAGGAACAUUAAAGGAUACAGUUUAUUGGAAUGAGAAAGAUCUGUCCAAGUAGAUCAAGGACGAAUCAACCGAGCUCCAAUACUCUCCAGACACUCUUCCAUAAUCCCCCUCAUAAUACACGGAGGCGCUGUGAGAGGCUACUAUCAUAAUAAUGCUUGUCACGUGAGAGUCUUGGAAAAUUAGCCUUCCACUUGACUUCUUCUCCGCGGUGGUGUUUACUUAGCCGUUUUUUCCAUGUAGAGGUGGCAUGAGUUUCUUGUCGUUUCUUAAGAUUUUUGUAGUUUCCACACAUCGUUCAUGUUUUUCCUGAUUUCUUUCUGUUGCCUCACAUGAUUGUCUCAUUUCAUGCUCGUACGUUUUUCGUCUUUGAUCUGUCUAUUUAUUUUGUUUGCUGUACUCCUGUCUCGUUGGUCUUUUGUUCUUAUGACUCUUAUCUUUGGUUUGUUGUUCUCCAUAAUUUAUCGGUAUUUUUCACAGAUAUUUUCUGCAUGUACAGUAAUCAAAACAGGAGUUGGUAUACAUCCUCGUCAGACACUUUUUGUUAGUUGUAUUAUAUUGGCUACUACCAGAUUAUUAACGUGUAAUUUUUAUGUUUUGCCUUUAAUGUAAGUUCUAUUUUCUUCUUCUUAGGGUGCCUGUCCGUUCCGAACGUUGACGAUCAUUCUGGCUAUGAUGAUUUUGUUGGUUGCUAUACGAAAUAAUUGUAUUGAGGUCUUUCUAUACCAUACUCUCAAAGCCAGGAUAUUCUUUUUCGUCCUGGGGCUCUUUUUCCUUCAAUUUUACCCUGCAAAAUGCAUUGGAGUAGCUCGUAUCUGCCUUAAUUCCUCAUGUCCCAAGUACUCCAGCAUACGGCUCUUCACGAUGUUGACCAAAUCCGCGGUUGUGUUCAUAUUCCGCAGUACUUCUUUAUUGGUGACUUUGUCUAUCCAUGGUAUCUUCAGGAUUCUUCUGUAUAACCAUAGCUCAAAAGCCUGAAGUUUUGAUAGAGUUUCCGCCUUCAAUAUCCACAUUUCUACUCCAUACAGAAGCACUGAGUACACGUAACAUUUAAGGAGCCUUAUUUUUGUUUCCAGGGUGAGGUCAUGGCUUUUGAACACAGAGCUCAUAGUCGAGAAUGCACUUUUGGCCUUUCCGAUGCGACAUUUAAUCUCUUGGGUAUUAUCCCACGACUCAUUGAUUAUAGUUCCCAAGUAAUUGUAUUGUGAGACACGGUUAAUUCUCAUUUGGUUCACAUACAGAUUUGCUCCAGUUAUGUUUUCCUUGUUGAUAAUCAUUAGCUUGGUUUUGCUGGUGUUUAUAUCCAGUCCAUAUGUUCUACUUGUUGCCGUUAUUCUGUUCAUUAAGUUUUGCAGCCCUUCUAUGGUAUUUCGAACCAUUUUUGUAUUUUGUAUAGUCUUACAUAGGCCUCAUGUUUUCAACUGUUAAAUAUUUAAAAAAAAAAUAUAAAAGACACGUUAUUUCGUUGGUCGUAGCAUUUCUUUGUUAGUAGUUGUAUACAGUAUAGUUCUUCUCUAGUUUCUAAUCCGUUUUUAAAACCUCAACUGAAUAUUUCCCCUGAAUAUUUAUUAUAUACAGUCAAAAUCGUUUAUAACGAACUUCAGGGGACUGGUGCUUUUUGUACGUUGUAGCCAGUGUUCUCUGUAAGCAGUUCUAUCGGUUAUAAUGAACAGGUUGCUAUAAACGAUAUUACACUAAUAGGGACAGUUAGUUCGUUUGUACCUAGGGUUAUGACGCAAAAAUGUGUUACUUUAACUAUACUUAUAAUAUGUUAUAAUAACAUAUACAUAACAUUUAACAUAUGUGUUUAUUGUACUUAAGCAAAUCUAAAUAUGUACAUACAUAUAUGUAUAAUAUGUAUUGAAAUAAGUAUAAGUAGUGAAUAAAGUAUACACAUAAUAUAACGGCUUCUCCAAAUCUUUGUAUUAUAAAAAUGUAGGCAUACAUAUACUAUUUAUUUUAAAAAGACAAAAAAAAUACAUACAUAUAUGUAUUACAAAAUAUGUAAACACAUUUUACCUGAAUAUUUAAUGAAAAAUGUCUGUAACUCUUGUUUGUCGCCUUCCUUGAACUUCUGAAAAAAAACAUUUUUUCAAUUGAUGUGGAAACAAUCGAUAAUGAUUCUUUUACACUCUGGGAAGUUUCAGCAGUCUGAAUAAAUGCUCGUAUGGUGAAACAAGCAGCAUACGCUUCAGCAACAGUAGGGAUUUUGCCGAAAUCUUCCAAUUCUUCAUCAGCCUCAUCAGUACUUUGUUUGUCACUAGUUUGGUGACUCAGUACGAUGUCAAUAUCUGAGAGUUCUUCGCUCGUACUUAUUUCGUCAUCCACUCGUACAUAGUCAUCUGCAGAGCAGUCAGAACUGAAAAGGGAAAUGGCAUCCUGCAAAUGCGUUUGUGUGCAAUAUCGUUGUAUGCGAUUCCUGAUGGUUGUAAGUUUUUAGUUAGGCCGAAAAGACGAAAACAGUUGAUGAUCGUUUCCUUCCGCACAGAUCCCCAUGCCUUUGAUAUCAUUAGCACAGCGUCAAGAAUACUGACUUUCGUAUCGUCGUUAUUCUCUCUCUUUUCGAUGAUUUUGUACACCAAUUCUUUCCGAAAGCAUGCUUCAAGACUUCUUAUAACUCCUUGGUCCAUGGGCUACAGUACAGACGUACAAUUUGGAGGCAGAAAAACGAGUUUAAUUUGUUUUAACCUGUCAACUGGGGGGUGGGACGGACAGUUGUCGACAAUUAAAAGUAUGUGUUUCUUUUGUUGUAAAAGUUCACUGUCCCAUUUUAGUAAAGUCUUUUUAAAAAUAUCUGACGUCAUCCAGGCUUUUUUAUUGAAAUCAUAAUCAACAGGGAGAUUUUUUCACGUUUUUUAAAACAGCGCGGCAUUUUACUUUUUCCUAUCACCAAAAGCUUCCUUUUUAUGGAACCGGACAUGUUGGCUGCAACAAGAACUGUAACACGCUCUUUUGAGAGUUUACCACCGGAACAUUUCUCGCCUUUAAACUUUAACGUGUGAUCAGGUGUCAGUCUAAAAAAUAACCCCAUCUCGUCAGCAUUAAAAAUUUCAUCAUCGCUGUAGUCGGACCUGAGUGUAGGCCACACAUUUUCAACCCAGUCAUUUAUAAUUGAUCUGUCAACAACUGCUGACUCACCUGAAAUUUUUCCAUGGACAAUAUUGUGGCGAGCUCGAAAACGUUGAACCCAGGAAGCACUACACUUAAAAUUCUUCUUCAAAAUCACAGCGAAAGCAUCAGCCUUUACCUGAAGCAUCGGCCCACUCACGGAUACAUUGUUUGCGCGUUGUUGUUUAAACCAAUCGAGCAAAGCACUUUCAAUGUCACUGUAAUUUGAUGACCGAACACGUUUUCCUUUUUCACACUUAUUAAAUUGCUUAAUAAUUUUCUCUCGCCUUUUCAUUAUUCCAUCAAUGUCGAGCGUGACGUUUUAAAUUCCCGGGCAAUCGAACUCGCGGAAUCACCGGAAUCGACUUGGCAAAUUAUUCCAAACUGUUCCUCAAUAGUAAAUUGUUUCCGUGACAUUUUUUCAAUGAAGGCUAGACACAACUGAAUUCAAAUUCAGAAACUCUUGGCUUAGGCCAAAUGGUGAAAUAUGUAUAAACAAAAUUUUGUAAUACAAUGGACCCAUCUUGGAGGUCUAACUGUCUAAAGGACAGUAGAUGCCUGUCCGGAUGUACUAUAACCAUAAAUUAAUAAAUUCUUACUUCUCAUUUCUUGAUAUUAAAUAUCGGUAAUACCUGUGAGAAAUACAACACUACAAUGUCCAUUUUCAUAACUUUACAGGAUAGCACUUUUAAACUUAUUUAUUAAGAUGUACGCUGUAACCAAUAUUUUAACUACUAGUGUUCCAAGAAAUACGUUUGCUCUAACCGAUUUGUUCAUUAUAAGCAAUAUAAAUGCAUUUUUUGUAUGUCAUUUUAUGGGACCUACUAUUUUGUUUGUUAUAUCCGAUUGUACGUUAUAGCCGGUGUCGUUGUAAACGAUUUUGACUGUAUUUAGCAGUAUUUCGUAUCUAGGCCUAUCGCUAUAGGCGACGUUAGUUGCAAGUCAGCAAUAAUUUCAGUUGCUGUAACUGUAAAAUAGGUUACUUCAUAGGUUCAAAAAUAAUAUAAGUAAUAAAUGAUCACGUGGCGUUUCGCAUUUCGCGUGCUUUUUUGGUUGUGAAUAUAUUAUAAACUUUUUUCGUGUAUAUAUUAAGACAUUCUUUUUGAGGUAAAACUAACUGUCAAAAUUUCACAUGAAUGCUCUAUGAAUUUUAUUUUGUCAAACGUGUAAUUUUCGUUCGAAAGUAAUAUACUCUCAAAAAGAACAACAAAAAUUGCUUGUACGAAUAUAAUUUUAUAUUUUUGCAUGCAAUAAAAAUCAUCAGACUACAUUCCUUUAAAGUUAAGUAUUAUUCAAUAUCGAUGUCACGUAUUAUAUGUAUUAUUAUUAACCAGUUAUAAAAACUGUAUAUAUACAUGUUUAUUAUUUUAUGUAAUAUUUUAUUUUAUUCCUAUAAUAAAAAAUUUUUUUAUAAAUUUU